GGGCAACCAAUGAAAGCCAGGCAUCAGAAGACUGGGGGCUUAUCAUGGAGAUAACGGAUAUCAUCAAUGAAACAGAAGAAGGUGCCAAAGAUGCUGUUAAAGCCCUGAAGAAGAGAUUAUUUGGGAAUAAAAAGUGGAAGGAAGUUAUCUUUAGUUUGACGAUUCUUGAGACCUGUGUGAAGAAUUGUCAGCAUCGCUUUCAUGUCCUGAUCUGCAAGCAAGAAUUUUGCAAGGAAUUGGUGAAAGUUAUUCAGCCCAACUUGAAUCCACCAACCAUUGUACAAGAGAAGAUCCUAAGUUUAAUUCAGUCAUGGGCGGAUGCCUUCAAGAAUGACCCAACCUUGCUUGGUGUUGUCAAGGUGUAUGAAGAACUGAAGAGCAAGUCAAUUGAAUUCCCAGCAACAGACCUUGAUGCACUCUCCCCUAUCAGGACACCACAGAGAGUUACACCAGAGAUAGACCCUGCUAUGAACAUACCAGCUCCAACCAGACAGCCAACACAGCCCGUUCCUGGCCCUGUACCUGUCCAAGCACCCUCUGUGCAGCAGCAGCAGGGACCUGCAACCUUUACACCAGACCACAUGACCAAGCUAAGGAGAGAACUAGACCUGGUCCUUGGUAAUGUCAGGGUCAUGUCUGAGAUGUUGACCGAAAUGCAACCAGGACAAGAGAAUCCAGAUGAUCUACAAUUACUCCAGGAACUGAACCAGACUUGUCGUACAAUGCAAAAGAGGGUCGUUCAACUCUUAUCCGAGGUCACUCAUGAAGAAGUCACAGGAGAGUUACUUAGAGUGAAUGAUGACCUUAACAACAUGUUUGUACGUUAUGACCGUUAUGAACGGUACCGUCAAUCCCAAGCACAGACCAACCAACCAUCUCAACCCCCGUCUACUGUUUCUUCUAUGCCUCCUGUUGUUCCUCUUCCUCCUCUUGCUUCACAACCUCCUGUGCAAGGAGAGAAUAACAUAGGAACGUUAAUUGAUCUUGGAAUGGAUGAGCCGGCUCCUGUUCCAUCCUACCCUCCACCCGCAUCAACGGGGGCACCACCAAUGGGUGGGGGCGUAGGAUACCCUCCACCAGCAUCAACAGGGGCACCACCAAUGGGUGGGGGCGUAGGAUACCCUCCACCAGCUUCAACGGGGGCACCACCGAUGGGAGGGGGAGUUGGUUACCCUCCACCAGCAUCAACGGGGGCACCACCAAUGGGAGCACCACCAAUGGGAGCACCAUUAAUGGGUGGGGGUGUAGGAUACCCUCCACCAGCAUCAACAGGUGGAUUACCUUCAUACGAUGGCCUACCAUACCCUGAAGUCUCGCCAGCAUCCGGUGCUCUCACUCAUCAACUAGCUGGUCUCUCAAUGACUGAAGGAAGUGUAAGUAAUACACUAGGUCAGAUCAGUAAUGUACCAACCUCAGUGAAUCCACCACCACCUGAAGAUGAUUUUGAUAUGUUUGCACAAAGCAGAGGAACAACAUACCAGGACAGCAUCAGAUCGGGCAGCACGUAUCAAGACAAUACAAACCUAGACCAAGCAGGUGGAGCAUUGGCAGGAUAUGUGCAAAACAGAUCCCUACCUCCAGCAUAUGAUGCUGUAGUCAAAGGAGAGCAACCAGCCACAGCAUCGAGAGGAGGAGGAGGAGUGGAUGAGAUGGAGCAAUGGCUUACAGCUAGUGAUUUGAGUAAGGCACAGGAUUCGUAUGCAGCAGCCAAUACUAACUCAGAUGGUGGUGAUGCUGGUAUUAGUAGUACAGAGUUUGACAAGUUUUUGCAGGACAGGGCUCAAGUGGGUGCCACACUCCCAACAGCCAACAUUGGCAGCCAUAGCAACGUGACAGCUCCGGCAUCCACACAACAAAACAGACAGAUGCAAUUGAAUGAAACGGACAACACCAUGUUUGCACUAUAGGUUCCACACUAUAUAUUCUUUCCUUUUAUUCUAAUCAACAUCUAAAUCUUAUUCAGGUAAUUUAAAGUGUACAAUAAGAUUGUACUUAUCAGAGUAUUUAUAUUGUCUUUAUUCUAAUGCAUUCACACGUGCACUAGAUUGUGUAUGGGGUGGGUGUAACCUCAAGGCACAGACCCACAUUUAACCCUCCCUCGCAUCAAAGCUUUGGCUACUUAUACAGUGCAGGGUUGCAAAACAAUAGUUCUCCUGCAUACCCCCCCCCCUCCCACUUUAGACAGCUUGGGGUGUUUCUCAAAGAUUAAAGUGUGACUUAAAGUCAGGUUCAAGUGUCAAAAUGCAUGUAAUAUUUUACACAUCAUCUGACAAUAGUCAGUAGCUUGGUCUGACCACUGAAGUGAUGAUGUGUUAUAUACUGCACAAAGCUGAGAAUUUAAGUGUGAUUUUAAGUCACACUUAAAUCUUUGUGAAACGCCUCCCUUCACCUUAAAAACUACUUAAGCAGUAAGCCACCUUCUCUCUUUGGAGAUGGAGAUUGUCUGGAAGGCUAUAAAAUCUCAAAGUUAAGACAAGUAUUGUAUCCUUAUUCAAUGUGUUUUAAUUGAAAUCAAACUUAUAUGAAAUUCUGUAGCUCUGUAUCUUCUCUCCAUCAAAGACGUGAGCUUUAAUUGGUGUUAUGUGGUUUAUUGUAUAUAUUUCCUUGGACAAUAGUAUAUCAUAUAAAUGUAUAUUGUUCAGCUACUGUAAUUAAAGGACCUGUAUUAUAGGAAUGAAAUUCAAAUUUUUUAUUUCUACGUGAAGAAAUGUAGAUGUCUGCAUUUAUGUAAUGAUUAUGUUGAUUGUAAUAUAUAGAAAUUUUAAUGCCGAUCUAUGUGUAUUUCAUGUCUCUUGUUUCAUUGUAUUGUAUUGUAUUCCAUGUUACAGAUAGAAUAUACUUCUCAUUUAAGAAUUUGUUUUUAUCAAUAGAAAUAUAAGAGUUAGUGUCAGUCAUGCCUGCCACACAUCCCCUUGUCGGGUGAAUAACACAAGAAUCAGACUGGGUUUAAUUUGGAUAUAAUCUAACUGCACUGCUAGCGAUCAUGCAUUAUAUAUAACCUGCAUCUUGUGAUUCAUCCUAGUUUGAUAAACUCUGAACUUUAGUUGAGAAAUCAAUGAAUUAAUUACAUUUCAUUUAAUGAAAAUAAAACAACCAAUAUUUUCUGUUGAUUUAUAUUUUUCUUUAUCCUCUCUGGCCUACAGAUUAAUAUGUGAAUUUGAGCAGCAUAUUAAUAAGGGAAAGAAUAUACUGCUGUAAAGAAAAUGUUGUCGUGUAGUAUUUCACUGAUAAUCCCCUGGGAUGAAUGAUUAUAGUAAUCCUACCCUAAUACUGCGGUUAAAACCAUUCACUUCACAGUUGAUAUCUUCUACCCAAAUGUUGGUCAUAUUAUAGUAUUGUUUAGAGGUUCUGUAGAGAUGGGUUGAUUGCUCUAUAUAGAGUAGAUUGGGGAAUUUCAAGUUUGGUGCAGGAGACAUUUUGAUGUUGCUGUUGGGCCCAUUUUUACUUCAGCAUUAGAUUUGAAGUAAAUUUGGUGUUUAGUUUACACAAAUUUUUAAAAAUUUAGAUUAGGAUUUUGUUAAGGGAAAUCAAGUUAAGUUGUGCUUCCAACACAAACACUAAACUUGUAUACUACUAAAUAUAUUCACAGCCUGGACUGGAGUUAAUAUUGAUUGUAGUUGCAAGGAAAAUAAUUUUAUGAGAAAGUCUUUAAUAUCAAGAUCUAUUGUCACCAUAUUAUUAAAGAUCUAGAUCUGGUACACUUUGUGAAAUGUUAAAAUCUAAACUGAAAAAUCAUUACACUGAAGAUUGCCAACACAGAUAAGCUUGUGGGACAGUGACUAUUAUUAUUGCUUGG